CUCCAACUCGCGCUCUCUUUGGAUUCUCCUCCGGUCUUGGUCUUACCUCCGCGUUGCUCCUUCACCUCCCUCUUCACCAUGAAUCGCCCAGGACCAGGGCCCCAGCCCCUACGAGGAAUGUCCGGGUUCCCCGCACAGCAACAGGCACAAGCUCGAAAUGCGGCGUUGGCUUCGGCGCGCUUGCCAAAUGGCAAACUUGGUAGCGGAGCGAAUUGGAACUUCAACCUGCCCGUGAGCGGAACGCCAGGGAUACAAGCCGCCCAGCAGCGCAACAUUGGAACGAUGGGGACGUUUGCACAGAGCCUAAGUGGUUCGCAGCCGGCGACGCCUCUAGAUUUAUCAGACUUCCCCUCGCUGUCCGGGGCGCCUCCGCAGUCGCAGGCCCAGAACCCCAGUCAUCUCGUAUGGGCGAACGCCAGCCAGCGCGCGAUGCAGCAGACCCCGUCGCAGCCUUCGCACGAAGACGUGUUCCCCUCCGGCGCGCAAUUUGCCAAUCGCUUGGAUGACUUCCGGAACGGCGGACAGGGCAUCAGUGGCCAAUUAGGCGCAGGAGGGCAGCCGCAGACAGGAAACAUUGAGGAAUUUCCCCCACUCGGACGUAAUGUCUCCACGGAUCUCGGUCAGGAUCGGAGAGGGUCAUUGAUGCAAAGUACAGGACUUGGCAGCUACAGCGGCGGUCUCCCGUUCGCGGGCGUGAGCCAGACCCAACCGGCCCAGACUCGCAGCAUCGUCGCCGCAUCGGUCAACGGGCAAGAGAGGAUAAUGUCGCCGGUCACUGCGAGCUCAGGGGGCAUCGAGACAUCGAGAUCACCCGUGAAUCAGGGGUCUAACCGAGUCUCGGGACAGGAAAAGGAGGAGUUAAAUAGCGGCUUAAUAUCGAACGCGGGUGCUUACAGCGAGCCACACCUGAUGCGACCGCCAGGCUUCCCUGCGACCGUGAAAGAGACUGGGGGGGCUACGCAAAGUUCGGAUCAAUUACCACUGGCCGAUAUGAGCGAGCUGGACAAGUUUGGACUCGCGGGCUUACUACGGAUGAUCCACAGCGAUAAUGCGGAUGUCUCGAGUCUCGCCGUCGGACAGGAUCUGAUGACGUUGGGUCUAGACUUGAAUCAACCGGAACCUCUACAUACGUCGUUCGCCUCGCCGUUCGUUGCGUCGAUGUCGGGAGCUCCUCUGGAGCAAGACUUCAAUCUCCCGUCCUGCUACAGUGUCGCUAACUUCCAGCCUCUCCAAUCGCGUAUCCCCAGCUUCAGUGACGAGACGCUAUUCUACAUCUUCUACAGCAUGCCCAGAGACAUAUUGCAGGAAGUUGUAGCCGAGGAACUGAUGGGUCGGAAGUGGAGAUACCACAAGAUCGAACGAUGCUGGCUGACGCGCGACGAGACGUAUCCCGGGCCUGUUGACGUGGAGCGCGGCGUGAGCGAGAGGGGCGUGUAUCUGCUGUGGGACCCUGCCAGCUGGAAGAAGAUCCGACGCGAGUUCAUCCUCCGUUACGAGGACCUGGAUAACCGUAUGGAUCCGAACCGGGGGCUCGCUCGCGUGGGGAUCCCGCAUCAUGGGUCAUGAAUGUCUAGGAGGAACACGGGAUGGGAUCAGCACCGGCGUUAGGUUCACUGCCAGUUUCCUUCCACAUGGUUGUGCGUUGUUCAGGUGUUGCUGUACUGCCGAGCAGCUGGUGUUUCUCUAAGCUUUAGUCGUCGGUUUCGUCUGGGAAAUCAGGACAUUUAUCUGAAUUAAAUGACUUCUAUGACCGA